AAUCAGUAAAGAUAAGAUGCAGACGUGAUCUGCCUCCAACUAAAGGUCACCAUUUGGGAGUCACCUGUGCCGCGUACUCUUACGAUCAUGAGAUGGAAGGCAGUCGUGGUUAUUUUAAUAGCAGCUGGAGUGUGCCAAAGGGCAGAUGGAGCAACAACAGCAAAGCCUGAUGAUGGCUCUCAGUCAGAUGUCACAGCAGACCAGUCACAAAAUAAUGACAAGAUGCAAUCAGAGGAGUAUUCAGACUUAGUGACUUCUGGGGAAGCAAAUAUGAAGACCCUUCCUAAAGGUGAGGGUGGAGUGAAAAGCCAAGAGACAGUACCAUUGGGACCUAUGAAGUUGGCAGAAGACAGUAGAAGGAAGGGUACACCAGGACCCAGGAUGCAGCAAAAACCAGCACCCAACACAAGGCCUAAAACUAAGCCAGCAAACAAAACAAAGCCUCCAGUUAUCAUGACAAAGCUUGAAUUGACACCAAAAACAAACCCAAAAUCAGUAUUGAAAACACAGCUUAAAUCACAGUCCAAGACACAGACUGAAUCACUGCCAAAAUCAGAGUUCAAAGCACAGCCUAAAUCUGAAUCAGAAACACCCCCAAAGACAAGCCCCAAAACAAAUCCUGAGGACAAGCUCACAGAAAAAACUACCACCAAAUCUAAUCCAGACCCUGAAACACAUCAAGAACCAAAGACAAAAUUAAAACCUGAACAGCCCAAAAGAAAGUCUGAAGAUCAAUCUAAACCACAGCAAGAAGAGUCAGCUACUGAAGCAGCCACUGAUGACUCUGACAGCCAGAAGGCAGAAAAAACUACUAAUGAAUCUAAUCCAGACCCUGAAAUGCAUCAAGAACCAAAGCCAAAAUUAAAACCUGAACAGCCCAAAAGAAAGUCUGAAGACCAACCAAAACCACAGCAAGAAGAGUCUGCUACUGAAGCAGCCACUGAUGACUCUGACAGCCAGAAGGCAGAAAAAACUGCCAAUGAAUCUAAUCCAGACUCUGAAGUGCAUCAAGAACCAAGGCCAAAAUUAAAACCUGAACACCCCAAAAGAAAGUCUGAAGAUCAAUCUAAACCACAACAAGAAGAGUCAGCUACUGAAGUAGCCACUGAUGAUUCUGACAAACAAAAGGCAGUCUCUCCUAUUCCUCAGUUAGAUUCCAAAGCACAAUCCAAACUUGAAUCCAAGACACAGUCAAAGACAAGUCAGGAAACAAAUUCUGAAGACAAGCUCCCAAAGAAAACUACCACAGAAUCAAAGACAAAACCUAAAACACAUGAAACAAAGCCAAAGUUAAAAUUCAAGCAGCCUAAAACAAAGUCUAAAGAUCAGCCUAAACUACAGCAAGAAGGGUCAACUACUGAAAUAGCCACUGAUGACUCUGACAGACAGGGGGUAGUCUCUUCUAUUGCUCAGUUAGAUUCAAAAGCACAAUCCAAACAUGAAUCUAAGACACAGUCAAAAACAAUUCAAGAAACAAAUCAUGAAGACAAGAUCCCAAAGAAAACUAUCACAGAAUCAAAGACAAAACCUGAAACACAUGAAACAAAGCCAAAGUUAAAAUUCAGGCAGCCUAAAACAAAGUCUAAAAAUCAGCCUAAAGCACAGCAGAAAGAGUCAGCUACUGAAGCAGCAUCCACUAAUGAUUCUGACAUACAGAAUGCAGUUCCCCCGAUUGGUCUCCUUCCUAUUUUUCCCGAAACUUCUUCAUCUCCAAGCUUUUCACAAAAUAUGACAAGACCCAAGACAACAAAUGAAGAAGAGGAUUACAAAUUUGAUGCAGAAAGUGAAGAAAUGCCACCAUCUCCGGGAAUGACAUCUCAUAGCAAAGUGGGCCUCAUCUCUAUCACCAUCAUCACCCUUGCUGUGGUUGUUACCAUCAUGGGGGUGUGGUACAAAAGGAUCAGCUUUGACCACCAACGCUAUAAAGACCACACCUUACUGAUGGAUGAUGAGGAGGAACUUGGAGUCUUCAACCGGUUUUCAUACAACUCUGCAAGAUUUAACACAUAUGAAUCUUGGAAUCAGGUACCGUAUUAGACUGAUGAUGUCCUGUUUCAUUGAAAUUUUAAUAAGUUGUUAUAAAUUAUUAGUAUAUCAAUCUAUUUCUCUAAAUAUUUUAAUCUUUUCAAUAAUUCAAUGACAGAUGAAACUCGCAUAGAACAGUUGUUGUUCUACUGGUAUGGUUCAUUCAAGUCACAUGGAGUUAUGUUGUCAUGGAAUAAGGUAACAGCAUUAAGCUGCUGUGAAUCUAGAAUAAUUUUUUAUAUGUACUAAUGUAAGUUAUAAAAUUAGAGAAAAAAUCAGUUUCCACAUAUUUAUUAAUAAGAUUUUAUAAUCAGACUAGGAAGGCCAUGACAUUAAAAAUAGAUACAAUAUUAAAUGGUCACCAAAUAACUGAAAUAUGUAUUUCUGUGCCUCUUAUAUUAUUGAUGAAUACCACCACUAAUUGCUAUGGUAUGAUGAGUGUUUUAAAGAAGGAAUUGUCCUUAAGGAGCAUAUGCAUGAAUUUGGGACUGUUAUAUUUUCUUUCAUGAAACAAAUGUAAAUAUUUAGUUAUCUUCUAACAAUAUGCAUAAAACAGUGAUGCUAUUUUCAUAAAUGGCUUUAAAGAUGUGAAGAGAAAUUCUUACUUUGACUUGAUUUACCUAUGUAUGCAAUUUAAAUUCAAAAUGUAAUGGAAAACUUAUGAAUAUGACUAAAUAUGAAUGUAUGCAUGUAGACACCACACUUUUGGCAUUUCUAAAGUGGGAAAAGUUGUAUUGUUAUAUAAAUAUACUUUUGAUACUGUAUAGGCUCCAGUUUCUGUACAUGCAAGACAACAUCCAAUGGGGAAAAGAAUGUGAAUGAUAUAUAUAAAGCCUCUUUAUUUUUCCCUCUCUCUCUAAUAUAUGGGGUGUUAGUUGUUAGUGAAAGAUUCUUAAUUUUGUAACCAUGUAUAAUUUUUUCACUUAAUUAUUAUGCAGGAAAUAGAGGUGUAACAAUUCAAUUCAGCUCUGGGAUGAUCCAUUACUACUACUACUUCUACUACUUCUGUUGUUGCUGCUGGUGCUACUGCUACUGUUACUAGUUUAUCACUAAUAAUUACCUACUGGAAAUUGAAAUCUACAGAAUAUGGGAGUAUGAAAGCCUGCUGUGUGAUGAUGGAUAAAAAAAAAAUUACCUUUUAGUAAGAUUUUAAUUCUUGAGGGAGGAAAAAAACCUUGAUGAUUUGUAAUAUUUCAGUUUCUUUAAUUUUAGAAAAUGGAUAUUACUGCACCUAGUGAAACUUUGAGUUAUUUUUUGAUAAAGAAAAUAAAAUAUUUUAAAACUAA